CAGCCUGCAUCAUGGGCCCACUGGUCAGCGAGGCAAAAUCCUGAGACGCCAAAACCCCAUGGCGCCGCCGCCCCGUGUUCUCCACUGAUGGCGACCACCUCCACCUCCCCCCAUUCAGCCGGCGGCGGCGGCAUCAUCGGCGACGACCUCCACGGCUUACUCCGCUACGGCCUCCGCACUCACUCCUCCGUUCUCUGCGCACACGCCUUCCUCCUCCGCCGCGGCCUCCUCCUCGGCCACGCCGUCCCCGCCGGCCUCCUCCUCACCGCCUCUGCCUGCUCCGCCGCCUCGCCGCCCGCCCACAUCCUCCGCCUCCUCCACCACCUACCUCCUCCCCUGCCGGUCUUCUCCAUCGACCUCGCACUCCGCGCCGUAGGCCCUCGCAUCCCCUUCUCCACCCUCCUCUCCCUCUUCGCGGCCCUCCUCCGCUCCCACCAACCGGUCUUCCCCGAUCACUUCUCCUUCCCUCCUCUCCUCUCAGCUGCCGCCUCCGCUGCCUCCCCGCGACUCCACCUCCGCUCCGCGCUCGCCCUCCACGGGCAGGUCCUCCGCCGCGGCCUCCUCUUCUCCCCGCCGCCCCACGCUGCCAACGCACUCCUCCACUUCUAUGCCACUGCCGGCGGCCUCUCGUCCGCCCGCUACCUGUUCGACGAAAUGCCAUUCAGGGACAUCGUGUCCUACAACACCCUGAUGACGGCCUUAGCUAGCACACCUGGUGGCAUUGAUGCCGCACGCCAGCUGUUCGAGGGAAUGCACCUGAGAAGUGCAGUGUCAUGGAACAUCAUGAUUAAUGGGUAUGUCAAGGCGAAGUGGCCUGAACAGGCACUGGAGGUGGUCCGGUGGAUGGCAAAGGCAGGAGUGAGGGGGACGGCAGCAGCCAUGGUCGGGGCAGCCACGGCGUGUGCUAGGCUGGGGAGGCUAGGGGCUGGGAAGGAGGUGCACUGUGUGUUCCUGCGCCGUUUUGAGGAUGAUAACCUGUUAGUUUGGACUGCAUUGAUUGAUAUGUAUGGCAAGUGUCGGAGGUCUGGGGUUGCAAGGAAGCUGUUUGAUCGGCUCAGAAUGAGGAACGUGGUAUGCUGGAAUGCGAUGAUCAUAGGGCACUGUGUGUAUGGUGAACCCGGUGAUGGGAUCAAACUGUUCCAGCAUAUGAUCACACUGGGGAAUGUGCAGCCAGAUGGAGUCACUUUCAUUGGUGUUCUCUGCGCCUGUGCCCGUUUAGGCCUCUUGGAGGACGGAAGGGCAUAUUUUGAGCAGAUGAGCACCGUGUACAACCUCAAGCCGACAUUUGCGCACUACUGGUGCGUGGCCAAUCUGUAUGGGAGUGUUGGGCUUCUGGAAGAAGCCGAGGGCCUCUUACAGAGUAUACCAGAGGAUAUGAAGGCACGAGCAUUGGGUAGUUUGCUUGGGUUAUGUCGGUUCCGGAAGGAUUGGAGACUUGGGGAACGGAUAGCUCUCAGGUUGAUUGAGCUUGAACCGAGCAACAAUGCUCACUAUGCACUGCUUUGCAAUGUGUACGCUGCUGUAGGGAGGUGGGAAGAAGUUCACAGGGUGAAGGCUAUCAUGAAAGGGAGAGAUGAGAGGUUCAGGCCUGGACAUCGUCUGGUGAACUUAAAUGAGAUUGUUGAUGAAUUCAAAAUUAGGGAGAGUCAACCUGAGAAUCAGGAGAUAUAUGCCAUCAUGGAUGACUUAGCGACAAGGCUGAAGCUUGAUUGCAAAGAAAAGGACCAAAGUGAUUUUGGAAUAAAGUAACUCAAAUAUACACCCGGGGAUUGUUUUGGAGCUGCACAGGUUUUGAACAGGCAGCUUCAGGAGGUUAAAAUAGGCUGGCCUGAAAUAGCGCAUCUUCAGAUGUGUCAUUUGUGCAGAACCACUCAUUGAUUAUGCAGUGACAGAAAUGCUUGGCAUCAAUAGUUGGUAGUUGCAAAAAGUGACAAUUAUGGUAGGGUUGAGAUGGACAGGAAGAACGAAGAAGUAACAAGCCUUGGGAAGCAAAGAUAACAGUUCUGUUGUUGCCCUCUAAUAUUAACAGUGGACAUUCUCCAACAAGAACACAAGUACUUUCUGUAAAAGUUUUGGUCAAAUGAUAUUUCAGUGCUUUUCCAAAAUGUGCGUCCGUGCCUUGCAUUGUCUUGUGUUUGGGGAUCUGGCUUUGAGAAUAAGAUUGCAUAUUUGCGCAGAGGUAAUACUGUCAGUUUUGACAGUAGCUAAGUUACCCUUGUAUAUGUUUUCAGGUAUUCAGCCUGUCAGGUAAAAGUACAAGUUGACCACUGACCUCGCUGGCUUUGUUACUGGAAUGGUAAAAGUGCUAGUUGACCUUUGGUGACUUAUCCUUUUAUCUUCUUCCUCACAAUGUGACGUGGAUGUGACUUUGUGAGUGUGUUAUAUGCUUUGGAGCACAAGGGAGACACAAGUUUGACCUCAACUCAAGGAGAGCUGGCACUUGCUCUGCAGCAGCCCGGCAAGGAAUAAAUCCAUGCAAAACCUGCCACCCAAAAACCUUAAUCUUCCUUGGUACAUGCAGAUUCCACAGCCUCUUCCAAACUUGACUCCUAGCUGCACUACUUGCUAACAUCGAGCUGCAUCUUGGCCCAAACUUACUCUCCCAGUGACAGUGGUAAGCUGAGCGCACUGAAAAGAUCCCGUUUCUGUUAAAGUGCCACGCCACUACAUCUUCCCUCACCGGAGUGAUGGGGAUUUGCAAAAUUCAGGGCACAUCAACUGGCCAAAAUAUGGACCUAAUUAAGUCGACAUCCCAUGUUGUAUCUAUCGGGUUGAUCAGCUCCUCCAGCUUUGGGAUCAGAUUGUUCCCUCUAAGGCGUUUUGAAUCUUCAGAAUAUGACUCCCGGAUCCAGCUAUCCUCCCAUAUAUUUAUUUGUGUGCCAUCGCCUACUCUCCAGAUGUAGCCACGUUUGAAGCACUCAAGCCCGGCUAUGCUCUGCUAAAUUUAAAGACAGUGAUGCAUAUUUGAAAGUCACUGUCUUGUUUUUGUCAGGUUCAUUGUUUUUCCAUCAUCUUAACUCCUACGUUUGGUAUCCUCAUCGAGUGCACCAAGUGUGUAUUCUAUCACAAUGCACUUUUGACUUUUCCAUUUUCCUUUCUCUUUGCUUAUCAACUGCUGUGGGUCCUAAAAUUUCUACUUGAUUGCAGUGCCGCUACUGCUGAUGUUGAAGAACAUAUGUACAGGCUUGCAACUAGCAUGGGCACACCUGUGGUCCCUUCCUCACAAGUAAUUGUUUGGACAAUUCAUGCGAUGGCAUAAAAGUUAUGAUGGUAGUGGAUGCUUGUUUCUUGAAAAAACAAAUGAAAACCAAAAGGAUACCGACCGUUCUCUGUCCACACCUUUGCAUUCUGUAAUGAAUUCAUCGUGUUAAAAGUAAUUGUAAGAUGUCUUUUGAAAUAGAUAGUCAAAUAGUAAUGUUUGACUUGGGGCAAAGCUGGUGUGACGUGUAAAAAGGAUUGGAUUCAAGUAGCUCUAAGCUAGACCCUCAGAGACGGCCUAAGGUAUAGUUGAGAAAUUGUGUAACAGCUAGUUGCAUAUA